UCUAAAUUCUGCAGUUUGAACAAACAACAAUUGUGCCACCGUGCAGAACAUAUAUUUUUAGUUUGCAUGGUGCACACGGAAACUCCCGGAGAGGCCAGAAUAACGCCGUUCUGCGGUUGAAAUGUACUGGCUCCAGAUGGGGUUAGCGUCUCCAUUCCAGUCGCCAUGCCGAUUGUUCUUUGUUACAUUUGCAUUGCCGCAAAAGACGCGUCUGAGAUCUGAGUUAAAACCCGGCUAGAGUUUGGAAUACGGCGAAAACCUGGAUCCCAUUCUUAUUGUGUAUCUACUCCCCUGGUGAAUUGUGAUUAGCGUAAAAUGUAUAGCGUUAUUUUCAUACUGGAGAAGUGUAACGUUAUGGCCUUUGCUUUAGUGAAGUCCCCAUACAUUUACCACACCACUGUUUUUGUCCAGAAUAUAGCUCCAGGUUGAGUUAUCCACAUUAAUCAAUAAGUGUAGGCCUUACAUUAGCCACUCCUUUGGUCCACUUCAGAGGAUUGCAUACAUUUUUCAAAAUUAAUUAAUUUGACCAACCUAUUUGGUAUUUAUAAAUGUAUUUCUCUUGCAACCAACAGCCUAUAUCUAUAAUGAUCAUGUUGUAAUAAUGUAAUGAUAAUCUCUAAGUAAAAAUAGGUAGCCUACUGAUCUUGUAAAUAGCAUUGGUUCCUUAUCUUCCAUGACCCUUUAAACUUUUGAAAGUUUUGAUUUCAAUAAAGCAAAUGAUACACGUUACAAACGUUUGUAACACUAUCCCUUAAUCCUUUUCUUUAAUUUUUUUAUUGUUGAUUGUCAUAAUGACGGAGCAAACACCAGAGGAGUUUAUCUGGUGUGAGGACUGUGGGCAGUAUCAUGACUCUGAGUGUCCAGAGCUGGGACCAGUAGUGACUGUACAGGACUCAUUUGUUCUCAGCAGAGCUCGGUCCUCUCUGCCGGAAAAUCUGGAGAUCAGACAGGUGCCAGAUGGAAAGGAGGGAGUGUUUGUCCUACGACGGUUGGUCAAUAGGACCAGGUUUGGACCGUUUGAGGCUAAGAGGGUGUCCCACCUGGACAAAGGCCUGUUUCCUCUGAAGGUGCUUUCUCAACAUAUGGUGCUAAUUUUAUGGAGAAGAUGUAUAUGUCUUUAACAGUUGAAGUUGGA